ACCGGGCGGCGGCGCGGCUGCUGGCGGCGGCUGGCUGGAUGCGAGACCUGCGCGGACCCGGCGGCGGACGGCGGCUCUCGACUCGGGGAAGCCGAACGCGCUGGCCAUGGCCUCCAACUUUAACGACAUAGUCAAGCAGGGCUACGUGAAAAUCCGCAGCAGGAAGCUGGGGAUUUUCCGACGAUGCUGGUUGGUUUUCAAGAAGGCUUCUAGUAAAGGACCGAGAAGGCUAGAAAAAUUUCCAGAUGAAAAGGCAGCAUAUUUCAGAAACUUUCAUAAGGUAACUGAACUGCACAACAUCAAAAAUAUAACCAGACUGCCUCGAGAGACAAAGAAGCAUGCAGUGGCAAUUAUCUUUCACGAUGAAACGUCAAAGACAUUUGCCUGUGAGUCAGAGCUGGAGGCGGAGGAGUGGUGCAAACAUCUCUGCAUGGAGUGUCUGGGGACCAGGCUGAAUGACAUCAGCCUUGGGGAGCCCGAUCUCCUGGCGGCAGGAGUGCAGCGGGAACAGAAUGAGCGAUUCAAUGUGUAUCUUAUGCCUACACCAAAUCUGGAUAUUUAUGGCGAAUGCACAAUGCAGAUCACUCAUGAGAAUAUCUAUCUCUGGGAUAUCCACAAUGCCAAAGUCAAACUGGUGAUGUGGCCUCUCAGCUCGCUGAGGAGAUACGGGCGGGACUCAACGUGGUUCACGUUUGAGUCAGGAAGAAUGUGUGACACAGGAGAAGGACUAUUCACUUUUCAAACAAGGGAAGGAGAAAUGAUCUAUCAGAAGGUCCAUUCUGCGACACUGGCCAUAGCUGAGCAACAUGAAAGAUUAAUGCUAGAAAUGGAGCAGAAGGCCCGGCUUCAGACAAGUUUGACUGAACCAAUGACAUUAUCCAAGUCAAUAUCUCUUCCUCGUAGUGCGUACUGGCACCACAUCACUCGUCAGAACAGCGUUGGAGAAAUCUACGGUUUGCAAGGUCAUGGGUUUGGUUCAUCGAAGAUGUCGCGUGCGCAGACAUUUCCCAGCUACACCUCGGAGCAGAGCGAAGAGACUCAGCAGUCCUUGUCUCGGUCAAGCAGCUAUGGAUUCAGCUACAGCUCCAGCCUCAUUCAAUGACACACAGACACACAGAGAGCCACUGCUGACCAGAAAGACUGUCUGUCCCGGACCUGCUUGGAGGGUCAUUGCGCCCUCUGCCUCCUGGAAGACCAAUUGCAGUAAAAAUUGAAAUGGGUCGAGUCUAGCCCCAAUCCCAGUAGAAGGUUAAAAACGGGAGUUCUGCUUCCUUGAUUCUGUGGCUAAGUCCUUUAUUUAUUGAAUUGGGGGGGGGGGGGGGGAAUCUAUGUUUUACAAAAAUAGAAUCCAAAUCGUAUGAACAACAUUUAAAUAAAAUUUUUUGGGUCUGACAGUAGCAGAAGCCUGGGCACCAAGAGCAGUUGCCCACGCUGUGUUGAACCUGGGUGGUGGGCAUUACCCCAGCCUUCAUGGUUCAGCCCUCCUAUCUGAUGACAGGGUCUGUCCUUAGACAUAAUGCUGGCCCACCACAAGCUAUGUGGCUUGGAAGGUUUUGACAGGGACAAAGCCAGUAAACUCUACAAAUGGCAUCGUAACUCUCCAUAUAAAUAAGCCCAGUGACAAUUAAGGGAACACAAUAUUUAGGACACACUAUUAAGCAGGGCCUUGUAGCUCUACUGUAUGUGUGUGUGUGUGAGUAUGUGUGUGUCUGUAGACAAAUAUGGAUAUUGCUAUAUCCAUCUGUAUCUAACAAGUAUAUAUCAAAUGUGUGCUGAGGGUGACAGGAUAUGCUCAAUUAAAUUGUUGAAAACUGUAAUUUGGUGCAUUAAAAUUAAGAUUGUUAUGUUGAAUAGCUAUUUUUAAAAUAGUGCUGUAAAAAAAAAGGCUUCUUAUUAGUUACAGUAUUUAUGUAGUCCAGUCAGCUCCUAUGACAAGUGCGAGUGAAAAUGUGAGAAGACGGAAUGCUUGGGAAGCAAAGGAACCGGUCUAGCUGUUGUAUACGUCACAUCACUGCUGUCUUUCUGGUUGGUAUCUCUUGUUGUCGACAAUGUUUCUCCCUUUGGCCAUCCCUCUGAGCUACGUGGGGAAGACUAAGUGGGAUCACUGACUGGCUUCCAUUUAACCUAGAGAAAAAGGAGGACUCUAAAUGAGAAACUGUUUAAGAAAGAGAUAAAAAUACACUUAAAAAGAACUCAGCUAUUUUGCAGUCAGGAGAGGAACAGGCACCGGAUUGUAGAUAUCAAUUAUUUAGAAUUUCAUAGAUGCUGCUCUCAGAGAGCCAUCAGGGGCUUGUAGUUUACCGUGUAACCAGAGUUUGCUGGGCUUUAUCUUCCUUUUCCUGGACGUGAGUUGGCAGGGAUUAUAAGAGAAAAUGGAUCAAAUAUAAUUUUUUUCAUCCCUGACAUUAAUGACAAACCUAUAAGGUUUAAAGGGAAGUGGUGAUUUCCAUGUGAACUGAGGAAGUUUGACUAACUCAGGUCAGCAGAGAUAUUUCCGUUCUUAAUUGUGGAGUUCACUUGAGUAAA